AUGAUAUUGGGGGCAAAACGACUGCGUUUUGCUCGGCAUACCCCCCCAAAACCGAGCUCAUCUCUCACAUUCCCUCAUCUCUUCAUUUCAACCAAAAACCAGAGAGAAAGAGUUGGAGAGAACUCUCCCAACUCUCUCAUCGGAGAAGAUGCCAACCGCUGCCGCCGGCGGAGUCCACGGCGACGCACGGUGGCCGGAGGGAACAACCUAUCUCAAAAAAUCCCCUCGUUCUCCUCAAUCCAAAUCCCCAACCAUCUUAGUCUAAAACCCACUCUAGACCCCCAGAUCUACAAGUUUACCUUUCGAAGUAAUAAGACACCGUCGACCUUUGGUGUUCUCGAUGGCUUCCUCCGACCGAGUUUGAGAGAGUACUAUAGUUCGGUAGCUGCUUCUUUUGAUGAAUACAACACUGGACGUAGCCCUCGCUCAGACCCGUAUCAUGCUACCGAAAGAUUUGAUGGAAGUUUUUGGGUUCCCAUUGGGUGGGAAAGGAUUUCAGGUCUCGUGAAAAAUGUGCAAGUCAAUGGAGUCUGGGAUUCGCAACUGUUUGAAUGGAUGGAUAUUGAAGAAGGUUUAACUGUUGCAGAUUUAGCAGCACCAUAUUGGGAGCGACCAGCUGGGCCCAUAUGGUGGUGCCAUUUGUCUGCUGGUCAUUCCACCGUCGAGGCUUUUCUCAACAAUGCCCAAUGGUUACAUCCUGCUGUCAGCCUAGCUUUGAGAGAUGAAAGCAAACUGAUAAGUGAGCGGAUGAAGCACCUUCUGUAUGAGGUCCCGGUUAGGGUGGCUGUGGCUGGAGGGCUGUUACUUGAGCUAUUGGGACAAUCAGCUGGAGAUCCAUAUGUGGAGGAAUAUGACAUCCCCGUCGUAGUCCGUUCAUGGCAAGCGCAAAACUUCCUUAUAACUGUACUGCACAUUAAAGGGAGCGUAUCCGGUGUAAAUGUUCUUGGAAUAACAGAAGUUCAGAUUCUUCUUGCUGCUGGAGGUUAUAACGUGCCCAGAACAGUUCACGACGCCAUAGCAUAUCUAGCUAGCCGCCUUACACGUUGGGAUGAUCGGUUGUUUCGUAAAUCCAUCUUCGAGGAAGCAGAUGAGAUUGAAUUGAAGUUUAUGAACAGGAGAAACCAAGAAGACGUGAAUCUUUUUGCCAUUAUUUUGAACCAAGAAAUCCGAAGAUUAUCAAGACAAGUUAUCAGAGUGAAAUGGUCACUCCAUGCAAGAGAAGAGAUCGUUUUCGAGCUUAUGCAACAUUUGAGGGGGAAUGCGGCAAGAAGCUUGCUGGAAGGAAUACGAAAGAGCACAAGAGAAAUGAUUGAAGAGCAAAAAGCAGUCCGUGAUCGUUUGUUUACGAUUCAAGAUGUUAUGCAAAGCACCGUACGCGCAUGGUUGCAGGAUAGAAGCCUUAGAGUAACACAUAAUUUAGCUGUUAUUGUUCUUUCCAUCAUUACUGGGCUCUUUGGAAUCAACGUUGAUGGGAUCCCCGGAUCAGAGAAUUCGCCAUAUGCAUUUGGUUUGUUUACGGCCAUCCUCAUCACAUUUGGAAUUGUACUAAUCGUUAUCGGCAUAAUUUAUCUUGGAUUAAAAGAGCCUGUGAAUGAAGAGAAGGUCCAAGUUAGGAAGCUAGAGUUAAAUCAGCUGGUUAAAAUGUUCGAACACGAAGCAGAAGCAGAAGCACAUGCCCAGGUUCGUAAAAGUACUUAUCGGAAUAACUUGACUCCAACUAGCGGAGAUGACUACCUUAAUGAGGCCGAUUAUGUUCUCAUCCAAUAGCACAAUGUGACUGCUCAAGUAUUAUAAUGUAUUCCAAUUGUUAGUUUCAACAGUGCUAACUAUUGAUUUCCGAAAGUUU